AAGGGAAAUUUGAGAGUGCUGGUAAACGACAGCGGCUCUAACGAAUGUUUGCGAUCCGAAUGUGCACGUUGUUUUGUAAAAUCAUUACAUAAAUACCUAAGAAGUGCAUCCAAGAUGUACGCCCUGCUCCGCCGCUUUUCCGGGGCCACCCACGUGAGCAGUUCUCUCAGAUGCUACGCUUCCUUUACGCCAAAGGACGUUAUGCGAACUACCGCCGAGGAGACCGGCACCCUGAUCACUCGCUUCGCCAAGCAUAUUGCGCUGGAACGGCACAGGGAUCGGGACCAUGUGCUGCCCAAAACAACGGUUCGAUACUCCGACUUCUUCCCCAUCACGGACGACCGUUACUUCCAGCGAUCCGUGCAGAAAACGGAUCCAGCCCAAUUGCCCGCACUAAUCAUUCAAGCCUCCAGUUAUCGUUCAAAUGCGGCAGUGCCCAUGUAUGUGGCUGCCGUUAACGCUUUGGAUAACCAUGCGGCCAGCCAGUUGACCAAGAUGGACACCAGCACUGUGCUAGAGACCUUGUACUCCUUUUUGUUUCUGGUUCCCAGCUGGAUAAAGCGGACAGACUUCUAUCAGGCAGCCAUGCAACGAUUGACCAAAGAGGAUUUUCGAGACAACAAGGAGCGGUUUGUGCAGGUGUGCUUCUAUCUGGGACUGCAGAAGCAGCAGGCGAAAUCAUCGCAGGAUUUCCAGCAGCUGCUCGAGGAACAGUUACCCACUCACUUGUCUGCUUUAAGUGAACUGGAUCUUGCUGUGGUCAGCAACGCAGCGUACAAAACUUCCACAUUGGUUACGGGAGAGACGAGAAGUGCUUAUGAAUCAUCCCUAGUCAAUGCCAUACUGAAUAUACAGCUCACAACCGAAAGCACCGCAUUGUUGGUGUCUUUUGUCAAGGCUUUGCGGUUGCAGAGAGUAAAGGACGAGCGAGUCUGCCAGCAUUUACAGAGCAUCUGCCUGGAUCCUGCUAAAAUAGGCCUGCUCGAACCCCGAGGAUUAGCCCACAUUUUCGCACUCUUUGCUGAGCAACUUUGGGACCAAAAAGACUGCCUGGAUAUCAUUGUAGAUCGGCUAAUGACUCUCCUUAAACCCGGAGAAUUACGCGCCAAGGAUUUAGCCACAUUUUUGUGGGCCAGCGCCCAACUCAAUUGCGAAUUAACUCCACAGCAAGUCAGGCAACUCGAGCUGGCUGCUCUGCGAAAAUUGGACCACGGCGAGUAUAAUUAUUUCCCGGACAACCUUGUGGACACCUGCCUUUCUCUCUGCACUUUGGGCCAUUACUCAAAGGAUCUGAUAGAUGCCGCCGAAGAACUUAAGGCGGCUCAACGCCGUCAGCGAGCUCAGCCUAAAGUGGAUAGUCGUUUGAAUGUUCUUCGAUCCGCUGUAGCCGUCGAGCAGCCAUCAAUAGCUAAUCUGAAGAAGGAACAGGCAUUUAAGGAGUUCGAUCGUGCACCUGCGUACUUGCUGAGGGAUCGUCCAGACCUGGCAAAAUAUGCUCAGGAGCUAAGUGAAGACCCAGAAGUUGAAGGUGUGGAUCUGGUGUGUCCCAUUGCUGGAAUCAAUUUGCCAAGCUUGCGAGUGCAAACAAUGGGCGAUAAGGAGAGUGUGUACUUUGUAGAGCUGCUCACCGAAGGACAGACCCUAAAAUUCAGCAAGAAACCCACUUCUCUGUUGCGACUUAAGAAGAGGCUGCUGGAAUCCCUUGGCCAAAAAGUAGUAGUGCUGAACUCUACAGAAAUGGCCACCAAUGCAAAAGAACUGCACCGACUUCUUAAACCAUCAUCAAAUAGCAGAGAAGAGCCCGAAGUUGCCCAAGGCCUGAGCAACUGAAUCGUGUGAUAUAGGCUAGUUACAAAUCGUAGCUUUAUUUAACAGUGUUUUAUGUACUUGUACAUAUUAUUUAAAUAUUAAUAGCACUAAACAUAAUGUUCAACAAUUAAUAUAUAAUACAAGGAAUGGGCUAAAGCUGUGUCUUUUCCAUACAAAACUUAUCGAA